AUGAUGAACUUCCUGCGGCGCCGGCUGUCGGACAGCAGCUUCAUCGCCAACCUGCCCAAUGGCUACAUGACCGACCUGCAGCGGCCCGAGCCCCAGCAGCCCCCUCCGCCGCCGCCCCCCGGCCCGGGCGCGGCCGCGGCCUCGGCCUCGUCCUCAUCGAUGCCCGCGGCCGCCGCCUCUCCGGGGCCCGAGCGGAGGCCGGCGCCGCCGCCGACCCCCGCGGCCGCCGCGCCGCCGCCCGCGCCCCCCGCGGCCGCGGCGCCGUCGAUGGGCAGCAGCUUCUUCAGCUCGCUGUCCCAGGCCGUGAAGCAGACGGCCGCCUCGGCCUGCCUGGUGGACGCGCCCGCGCCCGCGCCCGCCGCCGCCCGCAAAGCCAAGCUGCUGCUGGUCGUCGACGAGCCGCACACCGACUGGGCCAAGUGCUUUCGGGGCAAAAAAGUCCUUGGAGAUUAUGAUAUCAAAGUGGAACAGGCAGAAUUUUCAGAUCUCAACCUGGUGGCCCAUGCAGAUGGGACCUGUGCUGUGGAUAUGCAGGUACUCCGGAAUGGCACAAAGGUUGUCCGAUCCUUCCGGCCAGAUUUUGUGCUCAUCCGGCAGCAUGCAUUUGGCAUGGCGGAAAAUGAGGACUUCCGACACUUGAUCAUUGGCAUGCAGUAUGCAGGCCUCCCCAGCAUCAACUCACUCGAAUCCAUUUACAACUUCUGUGACAAGCCAUGGGUGUUUGCCCAGCUCGUGGCCAUCUACAAGACAUUGGGAGGAGAAAAGUUCCCACUAAUUGAGCAGACAUACUACCCCAACCACAAAGAGAUGCUGACAUUGCCCACAUUCCCUGUGGUGGUGAAGAUUGGCCAUGCUCACUCGGGCAUGGGAAAGGUCAAAGUGGAAAACCACUACGACUUCCAGGACAUUGCUAGCGUGGUAGCCCUCACCCAGACCUACGCCACAGCAGAGCCUUUCAUUGAUGCCAAGUAUGACAUCCGGGUCCAGAAGAUAGGCAACAAUUACAAGGCUUACAUGAGGACAUCGAUCUCAGGAAACUGGAAGACGAACACUGGCUCUGCAAUGCUGGAACAGAUCGCCAUGUCAGACAGGUACAAGCUGUGGGUAGAUACCUGCUCUGAGAUGUUUGGUGGCCUGGACAUCUGUGCUGUCAAAGCUGUGCAUGGCAAAGAUGGGAGAGACUACAUUUUUGAGGUCAUGGACUGCAGUAUGCCGCUAAUUGGGGAACACCAGGUGGAGGACAAACAACUCAUCACCGAACUAGUCAUCAGCAAGAUGAACCAGCUGCUGUCUAGGACCCCUGUCCUGUCUCCUCAGAGACCCUUAACCACCCAGCAGCCACAGAGUGGAACACUUAAGGAUCCGGACUCGAGCAAGACCCCACCUCAGCGGCCAGCCCCCCAAGGGGGCUCUGGGCAACCCCAAGGAAUGCAACCCCCAGGCAAGGUGCUGCCUCCACGCCGACUCCCCCGGGGACCAUCAGUGCCACCUUCCUCCUCUUCCUCCUCCUCUUCUUCCUCCUCCUCCUCGGCUCCUCAGCUGCCGGGCGGCCCCACCACCCACGGAGAUGCACCCUCCAGCAGCAGCUCCCUGGCAGAGGCCCAGCCACCCCCGGCUGCUCCACCACAGAAGCCCCAGCCUCACCCACAGCUCAACAAGUCGCAGUCCCUGACAAAUGCCUUCAGCUUCUCUGAGUCCUCCUUCUUCCGGUCUUCAACCAAUGAGGAUGAAGCCAAAGCAGAGACCAUCAGGAGCUUGAGGAAGUCCUUUGCCAGCCUCUUUUCAGAUUAG